AGCCUCGCGAGAGCCGCCGGCCCCGCCGCCCUGGGUGACGCCUCGGCCCGGCCGUUGCGGGGUCCCGGCUCGGGGCAGGCGGGAGGAUGGCGGCGGCCGGUGGGCGGCUCUUGGCGGCGGCCGCGGCUUACUCGGGGCGAGCGGGCUGGGGCGGGCCGCGCCGCAACCCGGCCGUGCCGCUUGUGCCCUCCCGGGGCGCCACCGUCACCCGCAGCGGCGCUAUUUUGCCCAAGCCCGUUAAGACGCCCUUCGGCCUCCUCAGAGUAUUCAGCGUGGUGAUCCCUUUCCUGUACGUCGGGACCCAGAUCAGUAAGAACUUUGCAGCCCUACUUGAAGAACAUGAUAUCUUUGUGCCAGAGGAUGACGAUGAUGAUGAUUAAAGGAGGUGAACAAUUUAAGAGAAUUCCAGAAGCCAUCAGCACAAACUGGCCCGUGGGUGUUACAACGCUGAUCUCCAGAGUAGUUGGACCAUUCAGACUCAUGGGAUAAAGGAAGAAGCAGAAAUAAAUCACCUUGAUCUGCAGUACACUACACUGUGCUAUGCUUUCCACCAUUUCAUGUUAUUGUUUGGCUUGCCCUUGUGUAAAGACUUGAGUUGGGGUGAACAAAGAAGCCAUUUUAAAUAAGUUGCUGUAAAUACUGUUAAUUUAUAAUCAGUUUGGUGGAUGUAUUCCAUUUGAUAAAGGGAUUUUUCCAGCAUACACUAUGUAGCUAAAAGCAAAGAAUUAAAAGAUUGUAAAGACUGCA